AAAAUCAACAUACAGCACAUUCACGUAAAUCGGAUGCGAAAAGUUCCUCAAUGAAGGUGGUUGUGGAUUCUAAUGAAGAAUGGAGAAGAUGUAUAGAGUCAAGUACUCGCUGUUCUAGGGACCAUCGUCAUGACAAACAUGAUAUACCUGGACUAGAUCUAUUGAAGCAAGGUCCUCCGUCUUUAAGUCGAGAUACAGAUAUAGUCGAUUCAUUUCUUGAGAGACGUCCAGAACGUCGUCGCAAUAUCCGUUCUGUCCCGGAUGGCGAUCAUGAUGGUCACGACGCAUUUAGGCGGGACAUAGAUUGUGGGGGAGCCUCGGGUGUGACUGAAAAUCGUCGCUGGAAAGAUGACGGCAAAAGAGAUGAAAGGAAUGUCAUUCGACGGGAACGUCAACUAUGCGGACGUGAGCGGGAUUCUGAACAACGCAGUGGGAAUGGGCAUGUUAGAAAAGUUAACUAUGACCAUUCUCUCGACAAGUGCCAUGAUCGUCCUGGGAAACAUAACAGUGGCCGGGACAAAAUAGGUGACGGGUUGAUUGAUGAUGAAACUUUUGGACGAGGCAACUACGGUCGUGAAAGAAACGUAGAAAAACAACCAGCGUGGAUGGAUUCCUCCGUCACUUCGGUUAUCGGAGCCAGCGGUCCUGCAGACAUUUCUGAUGAAAUACAAAGCAAUCAACCGCCUGUUACUGAGAAGCCCCUAGACGAAAUUCAGCUCUUUCGACUUAUGAUGAAACAGGAGGAAGAGAAAACAAAUUCUGAAAAUUUGAAGGCUGCUACUCCAGUCGGCGCAGUUAGGACUUCGGAAAACGAGCGAAGUGCACGUGGUUCUUUGUCUUCCGGUGCUCAGGCUUCGCAUUCAGAUUCGUCGCACAUAUCUCUGACGUCUGGUGUCCCUCCCCGGACGACCGAUUUUUUCUUAGAUUCGUGGAAAGAUGGGUCUCGUGCUUUAUCAUCAAUCGUAUCUCCUUCUGCUUCAUCUGUUAUAUCCUCUGGAGCUAGCUCCAAUGCCAAGGUACCUGAAAAUCUUGCUAGAGACGAGUCCACAAUUUCGCGGUUUUUUCCUAAUCCUCUUUCGUCUGAAAAUCUUCAUUCUCGCAUUUCAUAUAAUCAACGCCCUGAGGAUGUCCGUGACCGCGACGCAGAUGCUUGUUAUCCUCACGAUCACCUUCGAUCAGAAUCAGCGGUCUUUGACUUCCGCCUUUCGCACCAGCUCGAUCCACAGGACCCAGCACAAGAAAUUCAUAUCCAGCAUUCUUUGAGCAGGCCUAGUCAAGAUUCGGCGACGGCCUUGCCGUAUGAUAAUCUUAGCCGUCCGCUGCAGGUACCUGUGUUCGAUGGUAUAGGUUCGUGUGAAUGGGACUUACGCGCUGAGGAGUCGGUUGGGGAUAUGAAAAUUGGAUUAUCUUCGGAUAUAGCAUCCUUUGGACAGCGAGAUUUUUCUAGUAGCCCUGGACUCGCUGUGGCGAAGGGAAGUCGAUUUGCUAAAUUUUUCGAUAGCAAAGGGCGACUGAAGGACAGGCUGUCGCCGGUUGCUCGUGAACAAGACGGUUGGGCACCUCUGGAGUACGUCGCAGCAGGAAAUGCGCACGCGUCUGCUGAUGAGAACGCUGAAGGAAUGUUAGCGACGUUGACUAGAUCGACACAGGCUCAUUCAGCAAUUACUGAAUACGCAAGUGAUGCUACAAACAACCUUCAACGCUUUCUUAAUGAUCAACAUGCAACAGACAAUGAUAGGACGUUUGUGCCUUCUCGAAAUCAGAAUGGACGGAUGGUGGUAGUUGAGUCGCGACGAGAUGAGCAUGUCGCAAAUAGCCCCCGCCAAUUCCUACCACUGAGCUCAUAUGAUCACAUAUACUCAAGUCCAGCCCCUCCACUGGGUGGACAGUCUGGUCGAUGUUCACGUUCUGGGUUCCAACCAGGCCCAUUAAGAAACAACUAUACGCACAGUCCCAAUCAUGGAUCCACGAAAUACUUUGUUCCCUUGGCAGUUCCUGGUGGCCGUUCGCCCCAUCUUGUUACAGAGUCAACAGGUUUUCCAGGCAUGCACUCAGGGGUGGCACCCGGAUAUCCACGUAACACCCAAUACACGAACGACAUUUUCCCGCAACCCGAGCUCUAUUUCACCAGCGGUGGGGUCAAUCCGUCAACGCGUAUAUCUCAGUCUGGAGUGCAACAUGUACAAGCAUCUCUAUUGAAUGGCACCAACGCUGCCUCCGAUUUAGUACACGGAUCCCCCCAGAGUGCUCAGGUGGUUUUUAGUCAGCAAGUAAAUCAGGCACAGGUACCUAUGUACGGGAUGAGGCAGCACCAACGACUUCCUCCACAUAUAAUCCCCACUCACUUAUCAUACCAGGGUUCAAGUAAUCAGUCCAGUCAGGACCUUAUGGCGCUGCUGAUGGGAAGGCCUUCUAGGACAGAUACGUAACCCGCUCGAAGGUGAAAUAGUGUAAAAUGUUCCAUGAGAAUCGAAAAAAGGGGAACCGAAAUGAAUUAGUACUUACCUUUCUGGACAAUCAGCAAAGUAAGUGAAGGAACGAGGGUAGAACCUCUGUCGGAAAAAUCCUCUUUACCUCAUCAGGCCUUUCGCCCUUGACCUACCUUUUUCAACCUGACGAGCUUAUCACACUGGAUGCCUGACCGGCUAAUGUCAGCCACAAUAUCCUGUCUAAAUCCUGAAAGUAGUUAAAAACAUUUUCAACAUUUUGUGUAAAUCUGAAAGUUACUGUUAUUUCAGACUCCAAACCAGUCGACAUAUGUGUGUAUG